AUGAUUGAUUUAUCACGUUCAACUUCCACUUCAACUUCAAUAGACAAAGUGCGGCAUUUCAAUCAGACGAUAGACGUUUUCCAUAUGGCACAACUUACGAAUCAAAAUGCAAUUUUAAAACAUAAAAUCAUAAGAUUUUGUGAUGAAAGAGUGAAAAUUUUAAAACAUCCAGCGGUGAAUGGAGAAACAACAAAACAUUGA